AUGAAAAGAUCGUUUCCUGCUUUUCUCGUGAAUGGAGCUCUUCAUUGGAUAAGCGUUAAAAACAGUAGAGGAGUUAGUUCCAGAGUAAUAGUCUCUUUCGAUGUCAGUCGUGAAGAAUUUGUGGAUAUCUUAUUCCCAGAAAGAAGCGAGAUGUAUUGGGCAGAUGACUGUGUUCUUGGGGUGCUGGAAGAGUGCCUUGGUUUAGGUAUUUAUCAUAAGAAUAUUCAUCUCAUUCAUGUAUGGCUGAUGCAAGAAUACGGAGUGAGAGCAUCUUGGACAAAGCGAUUCAGUUUUAGUACCAUAGACAUAACUGUCCACAAUGAGUGGAAACUGAUAUGGUCUUCCACAAACGGCGAGCUGCUUAUCCAUGAUGGACGUCAUGGUAAACUGAUAUAUGACCCCAAAUAUCAUAGCUACAGAGUCUUGAAAGUCCAUGGCAUCGAUGACAUUAAGAUGCAAUGGAGCACACCGCUGAAUUACUUAGAGAGCUUAGUUUCACCUAACUCAAUCGGGAAUUGA